AUGCCUUUGUGCGGCGGGAAGAAAGUGGUGCAGCGCAAACUCGUCCUGCUGGGCGAUGGCGCCUGUGGAAAGACUAGUCUUCUGAACGUAUUCACUCGUGGAUUCUUCCCGACUGUCUACGAACCCACUGUCUUCGAGAACUAUGUCCAUGAUAUCUUCGUCGACGGCAUUCAUAUGGAAUUGUCAUUAUGGGACACUGCUGGACAAGAAGAGUUCGAUCGAUUGCGAUCACUUUCAUACGACGACACGCAGGCCAUCAUGUUGUGCUUUAGCGUUGAUAACCGCGGUUCUCUCGAAAACGUUUUCACAAAAUGGAUUGCCGAGAUAAAUGAACAUUGUCCCGGCGUCAAGAUUGUCCUGUGCGCUCUCAAAUGCGACUUACGGGAAGAACACGAAAAAGAUGACGACGACGAAAAUGGUGUCCCCCCAAGACCCAUGAUCCAAUAUAACGAGGGAUUAGAAGUUGCGCGACGCAUCGGGGCGCUGCGAUAUCUUGAAUGCUCGGCGAUGCGAAACCGAGGCGUGAACGAAGCCUUCACGGAAGCCGCACGAGUGGCGCUGCAAGUGAAGCCGGCCCGAUCGAAAGACGACUCAAAAUGUACAUUGAUGUGA